AAUACAUAGAGUAUUGGAAGGAUCAUUGGGCAAAGGAAGAUGGUGUUGCCUGCGCUCCCUUCGACAGGAAACGACGAAAGUUGGAUGAUGUAAAUUGUAGAAUUAGAUGAGAUCAAAGAAAACAUGAGGCGUGGAAUCACACUUUUGGUUCAAGUGAUUUGUUCUCAAUUCUUAAUGCAUUUGGUGAUAGAUUCUUAGUAAAUAUUAAUCCAUCAUAAAAAAAAAACAAAAACAAAAACAAAAGAGAGAGAGAGAGAGAGAAGUGUCGGGGAGGAUUAAAGUAAUAAAGCUUGAAAAUAAAGGACUGGAUAAACACCUCGCACGCCACCUAUACAGUUAUUUCGACGUUGUUCCAUUCGUUCUUGGCCCCAAUCAUCCCAACGCAAUUCUUCCUUUUUGCAGGUAAGUUUGUUUUCCGAAUUAAAGAAUGAUUCAGUUCAACUUAGCCAAAACAGUCUAGCUUCUCAGUUGAAUGGUGGUGAUCUUGGAAUCAAAACGAUUCAGUUGAGACUCGAUGGGGAGUGCUUCCUCCAUGCUAACUCAGUAUGACAUUGAAGAAGUUCAAGAACAUUGCCAUAAUCUGUUUUCCCAACAAGAAAUUGUAUCACUGUAUCAAAGAUUUUGCCAGUUGGAUAGAAAUGCAAAAGGAUUUAUCUCCACUGAUGAGUUCUUAUCGGUUCCAGAGUUUGCAAUGAAUCCACUUUCCCAGAGGCUGCUUAAGAUGGUGGAUGGCUUAAACUUUAAGGACUUUGUAGCCUUCUUGUCAGCAUUCAGUGCCAAAGCAAGUAUACAGCAGAAAAUUGAACUUAUCUUCAAAGUGUAUGAUUCUGAUUGUAACGGAAAGGUGUCUUACAAUGACAUAUUAGAAGUGUUGCGUGAUCUGUCAGGUUCAUUCAUGUCUGACGAGCAAAGAGAGCAAGUCUUGACCCAACUUUUGAAAGAAGCUGGUUUCUCAAGGGACGCUUACUUAACUCUGGAUAAUUUUAUUAAGGUUUUUGGAAAGUCAGGUUUAAAAAUGGAGGUUGAAGUUCCCGUUGACUAAGCUAAAUUCCUCCAUCAUGCCUUCAGUUCUGGUUCAAUGAUUGUAGAAGAUCUGGCUGCAACCGUUGUAGGAUAGUUAAAACUCAUAACACACCUAUUUUGUUCCUUGUUUAGUUUCCAAACCUCAUGCAAAAUACAGUAUAAGCCACCUGUGUAUGAAAAUAAGCUUUUGGUUCUCUCUGUCAAUGCUCUAUAUAUGUUUGCAACUGCCAACUCUCUCCAGAUAUGUGAAUAAUGGAUAAUAUGCUGU